GACCUAGACGUGGCAGCUGCAUCAUAGAGGAGAGAUACAGAUACUCCCAUUUUAGAAAAAAAUAAGUCGCAUAACAUUUAUUUUCUAAAUACUUUUCACUUUUACAACGGUGAGGGAAACUCUCGAACAACAUGGGGCUCACUAUAUCAUCGUUGUUCUCGAGACUUUUUGGCAAGAAACAGAUGCGGAUACUCAUGGUUGGCUUGGAUGCUGCUGGUAAAACCACUAUCUUGUACAAACUGAAGCUGGGAGAAAUCGUUACCACCAUUCCAACUAUUGGUUUUAAUGUUGAAACAGUGGAAUACAAGAAUAUCUGUUUCACAGUAUGGGACGUUGGCGGCCAGGACAAAAUCCGUCCCCUGUGGAGGCAUUACUUCCAAAACACACAGGGCCUGAUCUUUGUAGUUGACAGUAAUGACAGAGAAAGAGUGCAAGAGUCUGCAGAAGAGUUGCAAAAGAUGUUGCAAGAGGAUGAAUUGCGAGAUGCUGUACUGCUGGUAUUCUCAAACAAACAGGACUUGCCAAACGCCAUGGCAGUGAGUGAGCUUACAGACAAACUAGGACUGCAGACCCUCCGCCAUAGAACCUGGUAUGUCCAGGCAACCUGUGCCACCCAGGGUACUGGUUUGUAUGAAGGACUGGACUGGUUAUCCAGCGAACUGUCAAAGCGCUAAAUCAAAGGCGAGGAGAGCUGGAACUCAAGCAAGCAAAGAGAAAGAGCGCAAGAGAGAAAAUCUGAGAAUUUUACAGAGAAAAAGCCUAAAUUAUCAGUGUCUGUCUAGUAGAACUUGAAGUUCUGGACUUUGCGAUCCGUUCCUGAUGUAAAAUCCUUUUUUUUUUUUUUUUGGGUCUUCCUUGUUGUCCAUGUCACUUAGUCUUUUCCUUUUUCUAUUCCCAAAGGAAUACAAUGUUUAAGCUGCAUGUUUUUAAAUAAAACAAACAAACAAAACAGUGUGAGGAUGUCCAGUUGUGAAGGGAAAGGUUGACUGGAUCACUGGGUUAAAUUCAGUGGUAAAGCCAGGUCUCGCACCUUCUGGAAUAUUCAGUAGGUCAAAAGAGACAAAUUUGGUCUCAACUGAAGGCAUUUUUGGGAUUUUGUUACACCCCACAAUUAUGAGAUCAACGUGAGAAUUAACUGAUACAUUCAUCCACUGACAGGGUUUCUGUUCAGACAGUGUGAGAAAGCCUGGCAUUGUGGUAGCAGACCUGUAAAAAGAUACAAAACCUUCUUUUGAAGUAGUAAUAGUGGUAUUCGUUUCAAAUACAGAUUCAAAACUGCUGUAAUUGUGAACUUGGGGAUGGGAUAGGGGGUGGUGACAAUGGUUAAGAAAAGGCUAGAACCUGUUCUGCAUUAGUAUUUAGUAGGAGAAAGGUAGUUAGCUGUCAGUGGUAGUAACUAAAGCAGUACUCUUGCGUGCUUCUGGAUAUUAUGCAAUAGCUAACUUUUCCAUGGCAAUUGGUAUGCUGGACAAUUUUGUUCAUAACUUUAAUAUUGCAGCUUUUGCCCUUUGGUGCAAGUAGUCUACUGUAUGUAAAUCCAAUUUAAAUGGCUGACAGAAAUGUAAUAUCUCCUUCAGCAGGAUCUCUGCAUAUUUUUAAAUGGUUACUAUAAGAGUGCUUCCAAAGAAGCAGAGCAUAACGUUUGCUUGAAGUAUGUGUUUGUUUUUUUAAAAAGUGCUCCAGGACCAUUGCAUCACAGCAACCUGUUGUUAAAACCCAAUCUGUAACCUGU